UAGUCUAUGUUAUUAUUAAAAACAAUGACAUUUUACUAAAGCAUUGUAAGAAACAUAUGAUUGAAAUAAUGUCUGAAAGGGGAGACAAUAUUAAUGAAAUCCUAUUGCGGGGUACAAUUCAUUAUUAUUGUCUCAACAAAAUGUUUAGAACUAUGGCAGCCAGUGCUCUAGAAGGGAUAAGAAUGUACCCUGGUGAACAACAAUAUCGUUUCUAUUAUGGAAUUUCACUGGCAUUUGAAGGAGAGCAUAAGGGAACUGGACCAGUGUCAGGCCAGUCGGGAACUACAGAUUGCAUCGCUUUUGGCGCUUAUAUUUGCCCACAGAAAAUGCCAAGUCAUAGAGGUAUUGUCGGGCAGUGAUGAAGACAUUACUUCCAUGAAUCACUCGGCUAUGAAUUAUUUUGACAUCUCAUCCAAAUCCAAUGAUCCGGAAGUGAUUAUAGGAAAAGCCAAAGUGUUGGAGAAGAACAGCUCGUUUAUAGCGGGUGUGGAGCAACUAAAUCAGGCCAUUGUCUUAUAUCCACGAUUCUUACCGGCGUUUAUCGAGAAAAUGAAACUUCAGGCGAGUCUUAAGGAUUGGGAACAAGUGGUGGACACAGCCUUUCGUGCCCUCUCUAUUGAUAAACACUGUUUGGACGCUCAGAGAUACCUCAUAUUACACAGCCUGGCCUGGGAUAACAAUGAAGAAGCCGUCUAUCGGAUGACAGACGCUCAGCGACACUACAAGAAUGCCACUAAAAUGGACGAGAGUAGUAUCGUUGGGCUGACUGGACUACUCCACUGUCAACUCAUUGAAAACCAAAAGGGAGUGGAGGAACAGUUGGAUUCGCUCGAAGAGUUUAAUAAAGCCACAGGAAUGAGCAAAGAAUUGCUAUAUCUGUGCGCUCUCUCCGGUCAAAAGAGAGGCAAAACGAGUCAAGAAAUUCUUAAAUAUUUGGACAAAAUCGUUGAAAUGCAGAAUCAAAUGAUGAAGGGUUUAGCCCUAGGAAUUGAGUAUUACAUCAAAUUAGAACCGGAACUCAUACUCAAUAUAACCAAAAUCUAUCUCCAAUUCUCUCCUAACGAGCCCAUCAUUUUGGGACAGCCUUUACCACCAUCUCUAAGACAAGCAAAAGAUAUUUUGCAGCCAUUAGUGAACGCCUGUCCCACACAGAAAGAGCCGCUAUAUUUGAUGGCAAAAGUGAAAUACUUGAGCGGAGAUAUUCAGGCGGCUAUCAGUCUAUUGCAGAAAUGUCUGGACCAAAAUCCAUCGUUCAGUGACGGACAUCUUCUUAUGGCACAGAUAUCCAUACAUUAUGGCAAUUAUCAGACGGCCUCAAAGAGUCUGGAAGUGGCGCUUAGCCAUGACUUUAAUAAAGAGCCGCUAUAUUUGAUGGCAAAAGUGAAAUACUUGAGCGGAGAUAUUCAGGCGGCUAUCAGUCUAUUGCAGAAAUGUCUGGACCAAAAUCCAUCGUUCAGUGACGGACACCUUCUUAUGGCACAGAUAUCCAUACAUUAUGGCAAUUAUCAGACGGCCUCAAAGAGUCUGGAAGUGGCGCUUAGCCAUGACUUUAAUCUAGAACACGGCGACCAUUUCGUGCGCUCCCGGGAACUCAUGGCUCUCAUGUAUCUCAAGCAUAGGAAAGACCGACGACUAUAUGCCGGCUGUUAUAGAGAGAUAUUGGAUAAAAAGCCGACGACUCAGUCAUUCCUAAUGCUAGGCGACGCUUAUAUGCAUAUUCUGGAGCCCGAGAGAGCCAUUGAAAUCUAUGAACAGGCGCUCAAAAAGAAUCCCAAGGACUGGAUUCUUACCAGAAAAGUUGGACAGGCCUUGAUUAAAACACAUUUCUAUGAAAAGGCUAUGCUAAACCGCGUGGAUAACACCGCAAACUUCUCUAUGUGUGAAUCGCAAACUAUUAUCACAAACGCAUUGGAAAUAUCUCAGACUCAAGAUUUACAAUCACUGGAAUGGGAGGUGAAACUGGUCAACCUAUUAGGACAGGUGCAACUAAACACCGAUAACAAGGAUACGGCGAUCGCUACAUUAAAACGGGCGCAUCAGACAAACCAAAAACUUAUGAGACGAUUGCCUGUCGAACAGCCAGAUCUACUGGCAGAGCAGAAAAAGUUUUCCAUCAGUUUGUGUAAACAAUUGGGAGAACUUAUAUCAAAUCACUUGCGAGACAACAAACAGGCCCUCAAUGUCUAUAAGGAAGCACUCAAUUACGAUGAGGCAAACGCUGAGAUCCUGAUGUUGAUGGCAAAGCUGGAGGCCUCGAACCAGAACUUCGAUAUCGCACACAACUAUUGUGUGGCUAUCCUUAAACACGCGCCCCAUUUGGAUGAACCCGUUCUGAUGAUGGCAGACCUAACAUUCAGACAAAACGACUUCGAGGGAGCACUCAAUCAUUUUAACGAACUAUUGACUAGAAAACCAACAUAUUAUCAGGCAAUGAAUAAACUGAUAGAAACUGCUCGACGUGUCGGUCAGUUAGAUCUCAUUCCUCCCGUUCUCGAAAAGGCUGAAAAGUUUUCCCCACGAACUCAAUUGGACCCUGGUUAUCAUUAUGCCAAAGGACUUUAUGAGUGGUUUACAGGUGAUAAUAACGAAGCACUGAAAAGUUUUAAUAAAGCCCGACAGGACCCAGAAAUAGGUGUUCAAGUAACGUAUCAUAUGAUCGAGAUAUGCAUUAAUCCCGACAAUGAGACCAUAGGAGGUGAAACGUUUGAAACUAUGGUUCAGCUCAGUCCAAUGGAAAAGGAUAGUUACCAAGGCGCUGCCAUCAAGACAGCAGAUUCACUUUUAUCUGACCUGAAAGGCAAAGUUUUGGAUGAUCUGGACUUUCACAUAAUUUGCAACUUUGUAUUAUUGGCCAAAAGGACUAAAAAUGAAGCGGAUUUAGCACUCAAUGAAUUUAUGAAACUAUUAAACGAUGACAGAUAUAGAGAUAAUGUGGCGGCAAUUCUGGGGGUCGCCACAGCUUUCAUGAUUAUAAAGCAAACACCAAAAGCCAGGAAUCACUUGAAAAGAGUGGCUAAAAAUAGUUGGAAUUUUCAAGAAGCGGAAUAUCUGGAGAAAUGUUGGCUCCUGUUGGCUGACAUCUACACCCAAUCGGGUAAAUACGAUAUGGCUAUUGAACUGCUGAAGAAAGUGUUGCUCUAUAAUAAAUCAUGUAUGAAAGCGUAUGAAUACUUGGGUUACAUAAUGGAGAAGGAGCAGAGCUAUAGGGAUGCCGCACAGAAUUACGACCUGGCCUGGAAGUUCACCAAUUGCAAUAACCCCAACAUUGGCUACAAACUGGCCUUCAACUACAUGAAAGCCAAGCGACACGUCGACGCCAUCGACGUCUGCAAAGAGAUUUUGACCAAAUUUCCCGAUUAUCCUAAAGUGAGAAAAGAGAUUCUCGACAAAUGCAGGAAUUCACUCAAAAUGUGA